AGUGAUUUUCUAUCUCUCCAGCAGACAAUGAAAUGAUCAUUACUGAAGCUCACACCUAAAUUAAACGUGAGCAGCAUAUUCUCCAGCAGCUCUGACCAUCAUAAAAACAUUUUUUCCCUCCAUGGCACCAGUAGCCUUGGAGCUGUUUUCAUUCACUGAGCCGGUAAGAAGUUUCAGGCGCAUGGAGGACGACUUGGCUGCGCACGGAAGUCGGGGCAUAAAUUCAGGUCAGGCUUGGCUUUGCUAGCUCAAGUGAAAUGUAAAACAGAAGGCAGGGAGCAGGUGAAGCGUGAACCACAGUCGGGCAGUGAUAACGCCUGCCCAGCGGGAAGCCAGCAGCCACUUCUCCCACUUGGCCGCUAUUAAAUCGUCGCUCAAAUUUCGUGUCGGCGCAGAGACGAGCAGCACUUCUCACUUUCACUUAAUGGCUCAGCGCGCCGCUCACCCUGCCGUCCCCAUCGCGCUGCUGCUGUUUGGACUUGUUGCGAUCCUGCUGCUCACGAUCCCCACGCAAGACAUCCAGGAGGCUCCGGGGUUCAUGUACGGGAUUGUCUUGGAUGCUGGAUCUUCGCACACAGCUUUGUACAUCUACAAGUGGCCUGCAGACAAGCAGAAUGGGACAGGUGUGGUCACCCAGCACAGAGAAUGUCAUGUUAAGGGUGGAGGAAUCUCCAGCUAUGCAGGUCAACAGGGAGCAGCAGGGCAGAGCUUGGAGGUUUGUCUAGACCAGGCGGUGAAGGACAUCCCCAAAGAGAGGCACAAGCUCACACCUGUGUACCUGGGAGCCACAGCUGGCAUGAGGCUGCUGCAUGCGUCCAGUCCGGAGCAGUCUGAUCAAAUUCUGCAGGAAGUUGGCCAUAAAAUCCAGUCCUACCCUUUUGACUUUCGGGGUGCAGCCAUACUGAGUGGACAGGGUGAGGGGGCGUACGGCUGGGUCACCGUCAACUACCUCUUAGAGAACUUCAUAAAGUACGGCUUUGUGGGGCGCUGGUUCAGCCCCGGCAGGCCCACAGUGGGAGCGCUGGAUUUCGGUGGGGCGUCCACUCAGAUAACGUUUGCGACUCAGGAUGAAGUGGAGGACAAACGGGACAUGAUGAAGCUGCAGCUUUAUGGCCAGGAGUACUCUCUGUACACACACAGCUUCCUGUGCUAUGGGAGGGACCAGGUCCUCAAGAGGCUGAUGGCUCAUGUGUUGAAGUCUCAGGGUUACUCUGCGUCAGUCACUCACCCCUGCUAUCCUGCUGACCACAGUCAAACUUUAAAGUUAAGCAGCAUAUUUAACUCUCCUUGUACAGCAAAGUACAAACCCAGCCCGUACAACUCUGAGGCCUCUCUGAAGGUACAAGGCAGCGGACAUUAUGAACACUGUUUGGGCAACAUGUCUGAGAUCUUCUCCUUCGAUGGCUGCCCCUUCUCCCAGUGCUCGUUUGAUGAAGUCUUCCAGCCAAAUGUCACGGGAAGCUUCAUGGCGUUCUCUGCGUUCUUCUACACGCACUCCUUCCUGCAGCGAAUCACCAGCAUCACCGUGAACACUCCUCCACAGCUGGCAAAGGCAGCCAGAACUGUGUGCAGCAUGACCUUCAGUCAAAUGCUGCUUCUUGCUCCAGAGCAAAAGUCUCGUUUGCAGGACUACUGUGCUGCUUCUGUGUUUCUUAAUAUUCUCAUGUUGAGAGGAUACGGCUUUGAUGAGUCAUCAUUCCCACGUAUUUCAUUUCAGAAGAAGGCAGGGGACUCCUCGGUGGGUUGGGCUCUGGGCUACAUGCUGAGUUUGAGCAACCUGAUGCCUGCAGAGACUGUGGGGCUGAGGAAGGCCCUGACCCCGGGAGCAUGGGCCGCAUUGAUCUGUCUUUUUGUCCUCCUGCUCGCCACAGUCCUAGUCUUCAUCUUAAUCCGAGCUCGUGAUGGGAAGAAGAAAGGAGGCAAUGAAAGCACCAUCUAGAUGUUUCAGCAGCGUACAGUGCAGCCAGAAGACUAACACACAGUGAUGUGUUUUUUGUUUUCAUGUGGGCUCUGUUCUCCACCACCUUAUUUCUUUCAGAUUUCUUUUUUUUUUUUUUUUUUUGCUAAAGUGCUGUAACUAAGCUCAGCCGUCAUCCCGUCUUUGUUCAUUCAUAUUGAUUCCGCGGCGGCGUACUAAUGGUGUCUCAGUCGGUGAAUUCACAUUGCAUUUACAGCAGACACAGUCAUACAUGCACACACACACACACAGAGCUCCACAACUGGAUCAGCUAAAAACACCUCUUUAAAGCCUCCGUUACUACCUCUGAAGACGGUACAGAAGGGGGGCUCACUUCGUCCUCCCAUUACGCCUCUGUGACAUUCAAAUUGAACGUCACAGGGGUGUAAAUAUCGCAGUUUGAAAUGGCGGUGAGAUUUCAAAUGUUGGCUCUCUUUGACUUUCUUUGUCCCUAAUUGUCUUGACCUAUCUCUCAUUACUUUCCACUGUUUUUUAUAUAAAUACUGUACGGACACAAAAACCCCUCAAAUUAAAGCUCUAAGUCCAUGCUUUAA